AUGACCGACGGCGAAGACGCAUUUGCGCGACUUGUGCGUGACUUGGAGUCGAAGAAGACGCUGUGUCACGUCAAGGACUACCUCGGUGUGUCUCUCGAGCAGAUGAAUGAACACGUGAAGCACCACGGGCCAAUUACUCAUCCAAAUCUCGGUGAGCAGCGUGGAUUUUUCCUUGACGAAGGAAGGUUCGUGCCAUUUCGCUUGGAUGUCUACGGACGCUGCGUGGUUCGACCGUACAUCUGCCACAAGCUGCUGGAAUGGAGCGGUUGGAAUGGGCGAGUUAUGAAUGCGCUAGGGAACGUCGUUUUAGAUGGGACGACGCUGCGAGUCCCCGACGUGGCUUAUGUCCCUCGCAAUCGUCUGCAUACAAACCAGCCGACGGAAUGGACCCGUGAUGGAGAGCCUUUUGCUCCGACGUUCGUGGUGGAGAUUGACACUCUCGCAGGCCCCAAUUCAAACCUCAGAGCGCUCGACCACAAGAUGCGACGCGAGUAUUUCCCUCACGGCGUGGAAUUGGGCUGGCUCAUCGAUCCUGAGAACAAACUCAUGUACGAAUACAAGCGCGACGACGAAGGAGUUCGAUGCGUUGACAGUAAUACGUGGAGAGACCUCCAUGGCGGUACAGUUCUUCCAGGAUUUACUCUAGCUAGUGGGGGCUUGGACAAGGUGUUGGAAGAGGCUUCCGGGCGUCAUCAUCAGAAGAAGAACUGGAGUGUCCUUAUCAAGGCUGCGGACAACAGUUCAGCACUCCUGGGGCAUUUAUAA